GUCUGUUUUACCAUUCCGCUUCGGUGCGUUUGUUUAUUGGCGACCCGGCGAGGCCGGGUCAGCGUCGAUGAAGAAACCAGGAUCGUGUUUGAAAGGAUAUCAAUGCAGGUAUAGGAGCAUAGAAGCAGGAGGAGGCCAUUCUGUCCUUCGAGCCCGCUCCGCCAUUCUACUAGAUCAUGGCUGACCAGCCACCACCAUUUUCCCUCACUGUCCCCGUAUCCCUUGAUGUGAAUCACAGAAGGUCAGUGUGCAGGUACAGCAGGGUGUGACGAAGGGAGAAUUUGCAGAUGGAUUGUCCAAGAUUGGACCGAAUCGCUCGAUCCAUCGGGACCUGAAUAUCACCCUUUGAAUGUGGAAGGAGAGACGCUUGCCUGUUCUGUCUGUGGGAAAGGAUUUUGAACAUCGGUGUGACUGGAAAAGCACCGAGACACACGCACACACACACCCGAGUGAGAGUGUUUCCAGUGCACUGACUGUGGAAAGAGCUUUCACCACUUACACAGCCUGAAAGUACAUCACACUGUUCGCAGUGAGGAGAAACCGUGCACACCUUCGCUGUGUGGACGAGGCUUCAACUGAUCGUCCCACCUGGAGAGACACAGAGACCCCCGCACCAUGGAGAAACCGUGCAAGUGUGCGGACUGCGGGAAGGGAUUCAACUACCCGUCCCUGCUGGAAAUCCAUCGACGCGGCCACACGGGGGAGAGGCCGUUUGCCUGCUCCGAGUGCGGCAAGGGCUUCACCCAGUCUUCCCACCUGCUGACCCACCAGCGGGUCCACACCGGGGAGAGGCCCUUCAUCUGCUCCGCGUGCGGCAAGGGCUUCACCCGGCUGUCCAACCUGCUGACCCACCGGCGAGUCCACACCAGGGAGAGGCCGUUCACCUGCCCCGUGUGCGGGAAGGGGUUCACCCAGUCCUCCACCCUGCUGACCCACCAGCGGGUCCACACCAGGGAGAGGCCGUUCGCCUGCCCCAUGUGCGGGAAGGGGUUCACGAGCUUAGCCAACCUUCUGACCCACCAGCGCCUUCACAGCGGGGAGAGGCCGUUCUCCUGCUCCGAGUGCAGGAAGGGAUUCACCCAGCUAUCCCACCUCCUGACGCACCAGCGGGUUCACACUGGGGAGAGGCCGUUCACUUGCUCCGCCUGCGGGAAGGGAUUCAAAAGCUCAUCCAACCUGCUGACCCACCAGCGGGUUCACACCGGGGAGAGGCCAUUCGCCUGCUCCGAGUGCGGGAAGGGAUUCAGUCAGCUGUCCCACCUCCUGACCCACCAGCACGUUCACACCGGGGAGAAGCCAUUCACCUGCUCCGAGUGCGGGAAGGGAUUCGCCGUCUCCACCAGCCUGCAGGCACACCAGCGCACUCACGCCGACAAAUGCAAAUGCCCGGACUGUGGGAGGGCCUUCCAGAGCGCAAAAGAGCUGCUGGGUCACCGCCGCACCCACACCGGGGAGAGGCCGUUCGCUUGCUCCCUGUGCGGGAAGGGGUUCACUCACUCGACACACCUCCUCACGCACCAGCGAGUCCACAGCGGGGAGAGGCCCUUUACCUGCUCUGUGUGCGGGAAGGGGUUCACCCAGUCGUCCAACAUGCUGAGACACCAGCGAGCUCACGGGACUGCGGGGGCUGGACUAUAGAGUCGGCGAUUCAACACCUCAAGGCAGCUUCCCAUCCAAUCAUGGUUGAUCUCUAUCUGAACUCCAUCGGCACAGAAGGAGGUCAUUUGUCCCACCCGGUCCAUGCCGGUGUUUAUGCCCCAUUUGAGCUCUUUCCUCAUCUUAAAUCGAUUGUGGUAACCCUCUACUCCCUCCUCCCUCAAACAUUUUUCUCACUGCCUUAAAUACAUCUUGUACUAUUCGCUCCAAUCGCCCUUUGUGGUAGCGAGUUCCACAUUCUUACCACUGUUUUGGCGGGGGGGUGGGGUGGUGGGGGGGCAGCUAAGAAGUUUCUCCUGAAUUUCCUGUUGGAUUUCUUGCAGACUCUUAUAUUGAUGGCCUCU